GCCGCGACACGUUUCGGUUCGUUACUAGUUUACUUCCCGCGGGACUCCGUGACCGUUAAGUGAUUAGAAAUAAUGGAUUCGGGCAAAUCAAACCCCCCGUCAUAUGAACAGACCCUUGAGCCGAUUCCAUCUUCGUAUCCUCAUCAGCAGACUCAGCCGACUUUUCGCAUGGAACCGGUGAUGCAACCGAAAACGACCGUCAUCGUAACGGCACCGUCCGUGGGACCGGACCCGUCCACCAUCGUGUGUCCCUCGUGUCGCGCCACUGUCGUCACCCGGCUGGAGUACGAAACGACAACCCGAACGCACGUGUGCGCCGCCAUUCUGUGUCUGUUCAUCUGCUGGCCCUGUGUCUGCAUUCCGUACUGCUCGACUUCGUGCCGAGACGCAAACCACUACUGCCCGAAUUGUGGUUCGUUCAUCGGAACCUACCGAAAGUGAACGAGGGCGAAGCCGAGCCGAGAGUUUCGCUUUUAUCAUUGGAAGCUUCUGCUGAGAGCUUUUCGAUUAUUUAUGCUUUCACAUCGUCAAAAGCUUGCCUACUACUAUCCAUAUCUAACUGCUCUAAUCUAGACUAACUGUUCGAAAAUUUUAAACUAGCAAUAAUUAAAUAAAAAAUAAAUCACUUUGUCGUUGAUGUUGCAAGAUUGGUGUUUGGCGGGGAGGGCAAAUAAAUGUUGCCCACUUUAGUGAUGGAGAGCUAUGAUUUUGUUUCUCCAAAACUAGGAUGGAACAUAUGGUCCGUCGAAGAGAAGGAAAAAAAAUGAACAAGCGAUGAUGCAACGCACCAACUCGCUGAGCUAACGCAACAUACCUACGCUAGCAUACAUGUGUAUACUUAUCUACUUAUAUGAAUAGAGA